AUGCUCAAGGGAAUUAAUGUUCUUGAAAUGGCUGGAUUAGGACCAGUUACUAUGUGCGGUCUUAUACUUAAAGACUUUGGUGCCUCGGUCUUGCGUAUCGUUAACCCGGAUGCUCCUUUUAUAGAUCAUUUACUUUCCCCUGGUAAAACCACAGUUGAACUGAAUCUAAAGAAUGCCACGGAUAAGGAAAAAUUCAUCAACCUUUGUAAAACUUCUGACAUACUUUUGGAUCCUUUUCGACCGAAUUGUCUAGAAAAGCUUGGAAUUACUCCACAGCUUCUUCAUAAGACCAACAAGGGUCUUAUUUUAACUCGGAUAUCAGGUUAUGGCCAGCCUGAGGAAAAUGAGAAUAAGGACUACUAUCUUCGUCCUGGACAUGAUAUCAAUUACCUCGCGGAGUCUGGCAUUUUGUCGAUAUUUUCGUCAGGGAAGGACGCAGCUACUUAUCCGGUCAAUGGAUUAGCUGAUGUUGCUGGUGGCUCUUUUCCCGCCGUUGCUGGAACUAUUCUCGCUCUAUAUAGUCGAGAAAAAUCUGGUGAAGGGAAGAUCGUGGACGUGAGCAUAACAGAUGGCAUGGCCUACUUGGCAACAUAUUUUAUGGCGUCACUUCAAGGCGGUGGUCGCGAUAUACUUGAUCCUUCUAACAUGCAUUGGCUUGCUCUAGCAUUCCAGUGUCAGGGACUUCUUAGUGGGGAUGCCCCGUUUUAUCGCACUUAUGAGACAAAGGACAAGAAGGCGGUGGCUGUAGGAGCUCUUGAACCCAAAUUCUAUUCAAAUCUUCUAAGAACCCUUGGUGUAGCGGAGAAGUAUGCUCCCCAGCUAGACCGUCACGCCUGGCCGCGCAUAAUCGCUAUCUUUUCGGGUAUCUUUGCUGGCGAAACACGUGACUACUGGUGCACACAGACUGACUUGGUUCGAAAUGCCUGUCUAUCCCCAGUCUAUUCAAUGGACGAGGUACUACAGAUGCGACCGAAACAUCUUUAUCGUGAUCUUCCCUUCUCAUUUUCACCUCUGGCUGGUGCGACACGCAAUGAGGGUGCCUUCUCAUUCCGUAUACCUCGGCCGAGUCCUAUUCUUUACGAUUUCCCUCCUGAAUACGGGAUGACGUUAGUGGGGGCAAUCGGCUGUGGAUUGAUAGCUUUUGGUCCGGUGGGUGUCCUCUUUUUCCUUAUUGUUGCAAGGGAUCCUCUACAAGUCAUUCUGUUCACGCUCAGCUCAUUUUUCUGGCUUCUCGGAUUGCUUCUUUCAUCGGUGAUAUGGUUCGCAGUGGUUCCUCUUCGAGAACACUUAUCAUUUGGUCUGGUCAUUGCUUGUCUUGUGCAGGAAUUAAUGAGAUUUCUUUUCUACCUUCUCAUAUCGUUUUCUGAAGCCAGUCUACGUAAAAUAACGGAAAAUGAAGCUCGGGAAGCCAGUCGCUCCAACUCCUUGGGAGAUUCAACUACAAGUGCUAGAAUGCUCAACAGUAACAACUCUAAACGCGCCUCGAUAUUCAAUUUCCGAAAACUGGCAUUCUCGUCGGGGUUGAGUUUUGCCCUAAUGGGUGGCAUAUUUGAGUACAUCUACGUCUACUAUGAUGUGAUUGGACCUGCAACUCUGUUCGAGGGAGCUAAUCCGGGCUACUUCUUCAUAUUUGCUGGAGUCAUUGACCAGAGGGAUUCCUACACAUCUUUCGGUCACGAGCAAGUAGAUGUAACUGGCAUGGAUACUGCUAUCAAAAACCUCAAGAGUUCACGCAAGAUUGUCGAUUUUAUAUCUAAUCCUCUUGUUAUUCAACUUUCAGCAUUGAAUUCGUGUUUUAUGGGUUUUAUGCAAAUCUCCUGGUCGGUUAUAAUGUUUCGAUCCUUCCGUCUACGUAUCUACUUUGAUAUUGUCGUCAUUUGUCUUUCUCAUGUUGCCGUGUCUUCUCUGGUAACUCCUGAAAUGGUAUGCGCAACCCUGGCAAUUACUUCCAUUGGAUUCUUCGUUUAUGCCUUUUUCGCAGCUGGCGGUCGCUGGCCGAGUCGCACUCAUUCGCAUCCCAUGCGUACCGAUCCCACUGUCAUUCUCGACCCGGCUGAAACUGUUCGCACUGUAGUCGGUUGA